AUCCAAACCAGAAUUCCAAUGUGAACACAGAAGCCAGCCUUAUGGAGUGUGUUUGCUUACUGUCUCAGGUGGGGAAGUGGGAGAAYGGCUCCCUGUCCAUGAAGUACCACGUCUGGCCUCGCUUUGAGAUCUACUCAGGGGCAGAGAGCCGGGAGGACGACCACCUUUCCAUCGUUACGCUGGAGGAGGCUCCGUUCGUCAUCGUGGAGGACGUUGACCCCCUCAGUGGCACGUGUAUGAGGAACACUGUGCCCUGCAGGAGACAGCUCCAAACAAUGCUAGCGGGAAAUAAAACCGUGGACUCUGGGAUCUAUAUCAAGCGCUGCUGUAAGGGUUUCUGCAUCGACAUCCUGAAGAAGAUCGCCAAGCACGUCAAGUUCACCUACGACCUCUACCUGGUGACCAAUGGGAAACACGGCAAGAAGAUCAACGGCACCUGGAACGGCAUGGUGGGAGAG